AUCUAAAAACACAAAACCAAACUCAAAAUCAUCAGCACCUCCAAAUUCUAUAAAUAUUAUUACACAGUUCCUCAAUUCUCUCCUCAAAGAAACCAAACCUCAAAAACCAUGGAAGAACAACCCAACAUAAUCAUCACUACAGAGCCAUUAUUAUUACCAAGAAAAGGCAGUAACAAGUUUACGAGAAGUGUCUCACACGCGUACGAUGAAUUACAAAGCUUCAGAUCAUAUCUACGGUGGAUGUGCGUCGAUCAAUCCAAUAAUUGGGUUCUUGUUCUUUCAUGGUUUGUGUUCUUUGUUUUCACGAUCGUUGUUCCGUUGAUUUCUCAUUUUGUGUUGGCCUGUUCUACCUGCGACGGGAACCAUAAACGACCGUAUGAUUCCGUCGUUCAAUUGUCGUUGAGCGGCGUUGCGAGCUUGUCGUUCUUUUGUUUGUCGAAGUUUAUUAGGGUUUAUGGUUUGCGAAGGUUUCUGUUCUUUGAUAAGCUUUGUGAUGAGAGUGAGACCGUCAGACAAGGAUACACUCAUCAACUUAAUAGAUCACUGAAGCUCGUAUCGACCUUCGUCCUACCAUGCUUCGUAGCGGAAUCUGCAUACAAAAUAUGGUGGUAUGCAUCAGGCGCCUCUCAAAUUCCCUUCCUAGGCAAUGUUAUCUUAAGCGACACGGUAGCUUGCAUCAUGGAACUAUGUUCAUGGCUUUACCGUACAACUAUAAUCUUCCUAGUUUGUGUCCUUUUCCACCUCAUCUGCCACCUUCAAAUCCUCCGUCUCCACGACUUUGCUCAAGUUUUCCAAGGCGACUCCGAUGUCCAGUCUGUCUUGUCCGAACAUCUGAGGAUCAAACGCCAUUUAAGGAUCAUUAGCCAUCGAUAUCGGGUCUUUGUCUCAUGGGCAGUGGUCUUGAUCACUGGAAGUCAGUUUUCUUCGCUGCUUAGUACUACAAAGCCCGGUGCUGUCGUUGAUAUUUUCAAAACUGGAGAACUCGCGCUAUGCUCUAUAACACUCGUAACAGGGCUGCUGAUAAUAUUACGGAGUGCUACAAAAAUAACACACAAGGCUCAAGCUGUUACUAGCCUGGCUGCUAAGUGGCAUAUUUGUGCAACACUAGACACAUUUGACUCAACGGAAGGUGAGACCCCGAGGGCUCAUACUAUUGUUACGACUAACGAUGACGACGAUGAAGGUGAUGAUGCGGGCGACGAAGAAGAUGAAUUGGAUAACUCUAAAUUGAUUCCUUCAUUUGCAUCUAAUACUAUUUCAUUUCAGAGGAGGCAAGCUCUAGUGACAUAUUUUGAGAACAAUAAAGCUGGGAUUACAGUGUAUGGAUUCACACUGGAUAGGACUACAUUACACUCACUUUUUGGUGUUGAGUUGGCUCUUGUUCUAUGGUUGCUUGGGAAGACUAUUUUCUUUUGAGAAAAUAAAAAUUUAAGUGGUAAAUUUUGAGGAAAAGAUUAAUUUCACCAAUCUGCUGCUACUGCUAGUCACUAGACAUUCAUUAGAGUGUAGUCUAGUGGACAUGGCACUCGCGAUACAUUCGGAGAUCAGGAGUUCGAAUGCUACCUCGCGUUAUAUUUAUCUCCGUCUUUAUUUAUAUGUUUUUAAUAUGUAUGUAUGAUAUAUAUAUUGUUUGUAUAUAACAAUGUAUAUUGAUUGUUUGUAAUGCUGAGGGUUUGCCGGGGAUUGUGCAAGCCAUCUUACCUCAUGAAAAAGAAAAAAUGGAAAAUGGACCAUAUAGGAGAUAUGGUCUGAUAGAGAGAGGGGAGGGGAGAGCAAUUGUAUUUUAUAGAUUUGUUUGUAAUUGAUUCAUGUUUGUUCUUCAUGAUGUGCAAUAUUUGAGUUUGAUGUAUAA